AAGAGAAGAGAGAGAGAGAGAGAGAGAGAGAGAGAGAGAGAGAGAGAGAGAGAGAGAGAGAGAGACAUCUGCGACUUAAACAGUGAACUUGUAUAAAGCGGUUGUUUGGAGGAAAACAUGAACAUGAGCGACCAAGUAACAGAUUUCUCUGGAAGCUGGAGAAUGAAAAGCUCAGAAAACUUCGAAGAGCUGCUUAAAGCGCUUGGCGUAAAUGUCUUUCUGAGGAAAAUCGCUGUAGCGGCAGCAUCCAGGCCCUCGGUUGAGAUCAAGCAGCAGGGAGAGACUCUGUCCAUACAGACAUCCACCAGCGUUCGCACUACCCAUGUGUCCUUCACUGUGGGUCAGAUCUUCAACGAGACCACUGUAGAUGGACGACCAUGCACGAGUUUUCCAAAAUGGGACUCUGACAGAAAGAUCACCUGUGAGCAGACUCUGCUGAAGGGUGAGGGACCACAGACAUCCUGGACUCGUGAGCUGAACGAUAACGGGGAGCUAGUACUAACUAUGAGCGCUGGAGAUGUCGUCUGUACUCGUGUCUAUGAGCGAGAGUGAGGACUCGCGUUAUUGGUAUCUCUCAAUGUUUCAGUUAAUCAUUUAUACUGUGGUAAAAAUGACCUUUUAUAUUUGCUGUCUACUAUCAACUGCUAUCAAUCUUUUGAUAUGUCAUCAUAUAUUACUGUAUGUACGGCACAGUGCAAAAGUAUUUGCACCUUACAAAUUUCUUCUAUCUUUGCAUAUUGGUCACAUUUUAUAGUUUCAGUUUCUGAUCUAAACAGAAUCGAAAGAAUCUAAGCUUUACUUAAGGAAGAGGGGAUAAAGAAAAUGAUUGAAAUUGAAAAUUGAAAUUUGGAAAGACUUACAAAGCCGUUUUCUAAGGCUCAGGGACUUCAGGGAAGCCCAGUAAGAGCAUUAUCUCCAAAUGAAGAAUCCUUUGAAUACAUUUGAAUGUUCCCAGAAGUGGGAAUGACAUGAAAGUCAUGAAAGGUCUCCUGGCCUCCUCGCUCUCCUCAGGUAAGGUAAUGGUGAAAAAACACAUUUCAAAACACUCAGAUGAUCCAUAAGCCUUUUGCAAAAAAAAAUUGCAAAAGAUCUUGGAAGAUAUUAGUCCUAUUAUUCUAAUUAAUAAUUGAUAGAACCAAUAAUUCUGCUCUACAAGAAAUUAAAUUUUGUCUGGGAAGACAAAAUAAAAGUUUUAGAGUGGCCUUGUUAAAGUCCUGAACCCCAAUGAGAUGCUUUAACAGGUCCUUAAAUUGGCAGCUCGUGCUUAAAAGAUCUUCUUUGUCUCUGAUUUAAAGCAAUCCUGCAAAGAAGAGUGGGCCAGAAUUCUUUCAUAGAAACCGAAAGACUAAUCUCCUUUUAUCAUGAGCUUUUGGUUGCUGCAAAAAGUGCCACAACUAGUUAUUGCAAAUGGGGGCAAUUACUUUUUGAGUUUGGAGCUCCUCAGAUUUUAUGUGUGACAAAUAUGCAAAAAUAGAAAAAGCAAUGUAUGAGUAAAACUUAUGAGUAAAACUUAUUUCACUUAAGUGAAAUUCUCUGUGUGUGUGUGUGUGUGUGUGUGUGUGUGUGUGUGUGUGUGUGUGUGUGUGUGUGUGUGUGUGUGUGUGUGUUAAGCCCUAUAUUCUGGCCAGUUUUUGACAAAAAAUCUGCAUUUUUUAUUGUCUUAUUAUCAAUAAAACCCUUGUUACAAAUAUA